UAUACACAUGUAUAACUGAUACUAGGCAUGUAUAUAAUUUACUAUGUUAACUCUCGGUACAUUUCCUUAAAUGUUCGUAAUAUUUCAUAAGUACAGCGCAUGCUAUCAUGUAUAAAGCCUCGGUAAGAGCAAUCUAGAUAGUUUGGCAAAGUGGACAAUGUCAGAUAUUGGUCAACGGAUACAGGUUUUUGGGUUAAUAUGGCCGAAUAGUGAUACCUUAAUUCGUUAUUUUACUUUCGUUUUCCUCUUUGUUUGCGUCGAAACUAAACAUGCUAAAGACCACUGCCCUGUCAUACCUUCUUUACAUAUUGAUGCUGCUUUGAAAAUAUGGAAUUACCUCAGAAUCGAUGAUCGACCAGUCAAAGGUGACAUCAUUAUAGCAUUAGGAAGUCAUGACAUCAGAGUAGCAGAUCGAGCAGCAGAAUUAUGGCACGACCGAUAUGCUGAAUAUAUUCUAUUUUCUGGCAAAUCCGGAAAUUUAACAAGAGGAAAAUGGAAAAAGACAGAAGCGGAAAUAUUUCGGGACGUUGCGAUUGCAAAAGGGGUACCAGAAAACAGAAUUAUCAUAGAAACAGAAUCAACCAAUACAGGUGAAAAUGUACGUUUCAGUUACAGGUUGCUACGCAACCGUAACGAUUUACCUAGUAACGCAAUACUUGUUCAAAAACCUUACAUGGGACGUAGAACAUUGGCAACUUUCCAAAAACAGUGGCCAGGUCCAAAAUGUAAAAUUUGUGUUACGUCUCCGAACAUCAAUUUAUUGGACUAUCCAAAUAGUGAAGUAGGAGAUUUGGUUGAUGUUAUUACUACGGUUCUUGGAGACAUGCAGAGAAUGGGUUUCUAUGCAAAAUCGGGUUACCAGACAUUUCAAAGAAUACCAGAUGAUGUCUGGUCAGCUUUUAGUAUUCUUCGCCGUAGUGGAAUGUAUAAUGGACACCUAGUAUAAACUGAAUAGGACAAUCAUGGCAGCUGCUUAGAUUAAAUGAUGAAGGAUAUAACGUGUAUCCAUCCUGUAGCAAUAAAUCGGUCUCAAAAAGCA